UUGACACUUCCGACAGUUGGUAUCUUUCGGAAAAACUGAAAUAAGUAUUAGGUAGGUACCUACUCGAAUUGAUUUUUAGAAAAGUGCAUCGGGCUUUUCUAAAAAUAUGGCUUUCGGUGAUUACCCCAAGGAGUAUAAUCCUGCUGUACAUGGGCCUUACGAUCCUGCACGCUACUAUGGAAAACCUGAUACUCCAUUCAGCCAGUUGAAACUGAAUGAAAUCGGUUCGUGGUUCGGUCGCCGCAGCAAGACUCCCUCGGCCGUGGCUGGAGCUUUCAGUAGAGCCUGGUGGAGAUGGCAACAUAAGUACGUACAACCUAAGAAGGUUGGCAUGGCUCCAUUCUAUCAACUACUCGUUGGCAGCAUGGUCUUCUUCUAUGCCAUCAACUAUGGAAGAAUUAAGCACCACAAGAACUACAAAUACCACUAAAGAACAGAUUCUGUACCUGUUGCUGUAUGAAUUAAAAUAUAAUCAGUUUUGUUUAACUCAUACAUUCAUUAAAAAUUGCAAUAAAUUAGUACUGUGA